GACUGGUCAUUGUUUCUUUUUUCUUCAGUCAUUUCCCUUUUUCCGUUCUCUAAGCAGUUCUACCUGUUAUAUAUGAUCAAUCACAUCCUCAUUUGCACCUUGGAAUGGUUUAGCAGAGAGUGGUGGAUACAACAAUCCAUUUACCAUUACCAUUACCAUUACAUAGAUGAAUAUCUAGCUAGUGUAGCAGCAGGAAUGUUUGAUACCCAAGACACCAGAGCCUUCCUAUUGCUGUCAAUCUCAACUUUUUUGCUGACGAUCAUCUCCAUCAAUGGCCAACCAAGUUAUAACCACUGUGAUUGUUCAGGUCCAGACAAUGACUCAGACAGCGCCAAUUACAUAGACAAUCUCACUUCCCUCUUGGAUUCUCUAUCUUCUAAAGCUUCCACCAACAGCUUCUACAAUGAUACCUUCAAUCAAAUCUACAGCCUCUAUCUCUGCAGAGGCGAUGUUGAUGCUACUACUUGCCAGAAUUGCGUGAAAACUGCUAGUCAAGAAAUUCAAAAGCGAUGCCAGUCCAAUAAAACAGCCAUCAUCUGGUAUGAUGAAUGCAUAGUAAGAUACUCUAACCUCAAUUUCUUUGGAAUUGGGCAGACCACUCCGAUGGUGCUCAUGUGGAAUGCCCAGAACACUAGUUCCAGAGAAGAGCCGCCGUGGGAGGCUGUAGGUAUGAUAUCGGAGCUCCUGGCAAAUGCUCCAUAUGCAGAGAAUAUGUUUAAAACGUCAGAGAAAAAGUUGGACAGUGGAUAUAGAUACGGGUUGGUGCAGUGUAGUAGAGAUAUGGGCAGGGAUGAAUGCAGAAAUUGUUUAACGCAGCUGAGGGAGAAUAUUAGCCAGUGUUGCAACGGAAGGAGAGGAUGGCAGAUUAUGUGCCCAAGUUGCUAUGUAAGGUAUGAAGACCACCAAUUCUACAACCACAAAACUCUGGCUCCAUCUCCACCACCACCACCAUCGCUACUGCCUUCCCUGGUUGUCACUACCUUGCAGGGGCCGCCUGAAGAUGACCAAGGAAAGGGAGGAAAGACCAUAACAAAGACUGUAAUUAUAACCGUAUCAACUUGUACAGCAGUUGUGGUUCUCUUCGGUUUCUACAUUUAUUGUUCGAUCAUCAGAAGGAAGCACAUACCAGAGGAGGGAACAGGUGUAGAAAUUCUAUUAAAUGAUUUGGAAGGUACAACUGGAACUUGCUGCAUGGAGGCACAUAUGCACGCAAGGGAUCAAGACCACAGCAGGGAGAUGCAUUACUUCAAUUUUACUACCAUACUGGCUGCCACAAACAGUUUCUCUGAUGAGAAUAAGCUUGGAGAAGGAGGUUUUGGCCCUGUUUACAAGGGUAAGCUGCUUAAUGGAAAGGAAGUAGCAGUCAAAAGAUUUUGGGCAAAAUCAGGGCAAGGCCAUGGAGAGUUUGAGAAUGAAGUCAUGUUGCUUGUUAAACUUCAACACAAGAAUCUUGUGAGGCUGUUGGGUUACUGCACAGAGGGGGAUGAAAAGCUCCUUGUCUAUGAAUACAUGGCUAACACUAGUCUCGACUCCUUUUUGUUUGAUCCUACAAAGAGCAGACAACUGGACUGGCCAAAGCGCGCAGCCAUUGUUGGUGGAAUAGCAAGGGGCCUUCUCUAUCUGCAUGAAGACUCUCGUCUCAAAAUCAUCCACAGGGACUUGAAAGCAAGCAAUAUUUUGUUGGAUGAAGAGAUGAACCCAAAGAUCUCAGAUUUUGGUACUGCAAGGAUUUUUGGCCGAAAUCAAAUUGAUGCCAACACCAGCAGAGUUGUUGGUACAUUUGGGUACAUGGCACCAGAGUAUGCAAUGGAGGGAUUAUUUUCGGUGAAGUCUGAUACUUACAGCUUUGGAGUUCUGUUGCUAGAAAUCUUAAGUGGAAGAAAGAACAGUGGCUUCCAUAACCCAGACCAUUCCCAAAGCCUUCUAUCAUAUGCAUGGCGGCUAUGGAAUGAAGACAAAGGACUGGAGUUUAUAGACCAGAACUUAGUUGACACUUGUCCUGUAAGCGAGGCACUCAGAUGGAUCCAUAUUGCUUUGUUGUGUGUUCAGGAAGAACCCAAUGAUAGACCCCUCAUGUCAUCAGUUGCUCUCAUGCUUGGAAGCAAAUCAGUGAACCUUCCCCAACCAUCAGCACCUCCCUUCUCUAUGGGAAGACAUUUCAUGUCUGAUCAAUCUUCAACAACCGGGACCAGCACUGGUUUUCUCAUGACAGAUCAAGACGAGGGGGAGUUGGAGAUGCAAGUCUACUCCAUCAAUGCCCAACCAACCUAUGUUUCCCACAGUUGUUCACGUCCAAAUAAUGCCACGGACAACGCCAAUUAUGAAAAUAAUCUCGCUGCCCUCUUGGAUUCUCUGUCUUCUAAAGCUUCCCUCUACAGCUUCUACAAUGACUCUGCUAAUCAAAUAUACAGCCUCUAUCUCUGCAGAGGCGAUGUUAACGCUACUACCUGCCAGAAUUGUGUGAGAACUGCAAGUCAAGAAGUCCAACAACAAUGUCAGUCUAACAGAACUGCAAUUAUAUGGUAUGAUGAAUGCAAGUUACGCUACUCUAGUGAAAACUUCUUUGGAAUUGCAGCUACUUCUCCAUACUUCUUACUAUGGAAUACUAGGAACAAUAGUUCAUCAGAUGAAAGGGAUGUUGGAGCUCUAGCUUUGAUCUAUACUUUAGUGUCAAAAGCUCCAAAUUCGGAAAAUAUGUUUGGGACGGAUGUUGCAGAGGCUGUGAAUAAUGCAUCUCAGAAUAUAUAUGGGUUGGUGCAGUGUACUAGAGAUAUAAGCAAUGAUGAAUGCAGAAGCUGUUUGCUGCAGCAGAUAGAGGAGAUUGAGGGGUGUUGCCAGGGGAAGACAGGAUGGAAUAUUAUGGGCCCAAGUUGCAAUAUGAGGUAUGAACAAUACCUCUUUUACCAGCAACCUUUGGCUCCAUCAACCCCUGCUUCACAGCCAAUGCCUGAUGACAACCCAGAGGAGCACGUAAGUGAAGAAAUUCUUUUACAUCAUUCAACUGCUGCCACACACUUCAUGGAGGGACAUAUUCAUGCAAGGGAUCAAGAUAAAAGUGGGGAAUUGCAUUACUUCAAUUUAACUACUAUAUUGACUGCUACAAACGACUUUUCUGAUGCCACUAAGCUUGGAGAGGGAGGUUUUGGCCCAGUCUACAAGGGGAAGCUGCUUAAUGGGAAGGAGAUAGCAGUCAAAAGGCUUUCAAGGAAAUCAGGGCAAGGUCUUGAAGAGUUCAAGAAUGAAGUUAUGUUAAUUGUUAAACUUCAACACAAGAAUCUUGUGAGGCUGCUGGGUUGCUGCAUAGAGAGAGAGGAAAAGCUCCUUGUCUACGAGUACAUGGCCAACACUAGUCUUGAUGCCUUUUUAUUUGAUCCAAUAAAAAGUAGGCAACUAGACUGGGCCAAACGCGCUGCCAUUGUUGGUGGAAUGGCAAGAGGGAUUCUGUAUCUGCAUGAGGACUCCCGGCUCAAAAUCAUCCAUAGGGAUUUGAAAGCAAGCAACGUUUUGUUGGAUGAAGAGAUGAACCCAAAGAUCUCAGACUUUGGAACUGCUAGGAUUUUUGGCAGCAAUCAGAUUGACGCUAACACAAAGAAAGUUGUCGGUACAUUUGGGUACAUGGCACCAGAGUAUGCAAUGGAGGGACUAUUUUCAAUGAAGUCUGAUACCUACAGCUUUGGAGUCCUAUUACUGGAAAUUUUAAGUGGGAAAAAGAACAGUGGCUUCCAUCACCCAGAUCAUUCCCAAAACCUUCUAUCACAUGCAUGGCAGCUAUGGAAUGAAGGCAAGGGACUUGAGUUCAUAGAUCCGAACUUAGUUGACAAUUGUCCUGUAAGUGUGGCUCUCAGAUGGAUCCAUUUCGCAUUAUUGUGUGUUCAGGAAGACCCCAAUGAUAGACCCCCCAUGUCAUCGGUUGUUCUCAUGCUUGGAAGUGAGACAGCAAGUCUUCCUACACCAGCAGCUCGCCCAUUCUCUGUGGGAAGAUUUUUCAUCUCUGAUCAAUCUUCAACAACCGGAACCGAACCGGCUUUCUCACAUCGGAUAAAUCUUCAACCAGUGUUUCUACCUAGCUAAGAGAUUUAUAGGAGCAUGCUGUUCCAGCUAGUUAACAGAUGACAGUUCCAUUGUUAAAUACACAUUCAUAUCUAAUAUGUACGAGAUCAUAUCACUAGUAA